AUGGUUCUGUUUCUAAUUCUGUUCGCCUUGUUUGGAGCAUAUUCAAGCAAUGCGUUGCCUGGUGGUAAUAGUAGUACCGACUUCAUCAACACUAAUUACCCAUUGUUCCAAGAUGUCCACCUAAUGACUUUGAUUGGUAUGGGAUUCAUUAUGGUCUUUUUACGACGAUACGGUUUGGCAGCACCUUCUAUCAAUCUUCUAUUGACGGCGCUUGUAAUUCAGUGGGCUCUCAUUAUUCGUGGAUUUCUCUCGCAAGAAUUUGCUGAUACUGGACGUUUUACUAUUUCAAUCACUGACAUGAUAACAGCUGAUUUCUCUGCUAUUACUGUACUCAUUACAAUGGGUGCUGUUUUGGGCAAACUUACUCCAACACAAUAUUUGGUAAUGGCAGCUAUUGAAGUACCAGUAGCUAUUGCUGUUGAACAUUUCGUCCUCAACUAUCUCAAGGCGAUUGAUAUUGGUCGUGCAAUGCUUGUUCACUGUUUUGGAGCCUAUUUUGGCUUAGCUGUGGCAAAAUUGUUCAAUAGAAAGGAAAUGGUGGGACAUCAACAUGAUGGUUCUAGCUAUAAUUCUAGCAUUUUUGCUAUGAUCGGAACACUCUUCCUUUGGGCAUUUUUCCCGUCAUUUAAUUCCGCUCUGGCAGUUCCUGAAGAUUCUCGACAUCGUGCCAUCUUGAAUACGUACUUGGCUCUAUGCUCCUCUACAAUUUGCACAUUCUUACUGAGUCAACUUUUUGAUCGUGAACACAAAUAUCGCUUCUCAAUGAUGCACAUUAUGAACUCAGUGCUUGCUGGUGGCAUUGCAAUUGGUACCGUUGCGAAUAUCAUUUCUGAACCGUUUUACGCUCUUUUAAUCGGUUGCUUGGGUGCUUUGGUUUCAAUUAUUGGCAAUAAUUAUAUUAGGCCAAUUUCUGCUCGAGCACUUAAAAUACAUGAUACACGUGGUGUUGGAGCAUUCCAUGGACUUCCCGGUAUUUUGGCUGGCAUUCUUGGCUUCGUCUUUACGAUUGUGUAUGAACCAGCUCGUUAUGGCACUAAGAAUGCAACUCAGAUUUACUCAGCAAUGGCUAACAAAAAUGGUGAAAAUCGCGAAGUAUUCGUACAGGCUGGUUAUCAACUUGCAGCGCUUGCAACUGUCCUAAUUGUUUCAGUAAUUACUGGCGCAAUCACUGGACUAAUCCUACGUCUAAGUUGCCUAAACCGUAUUCAUGACAAGGAGUAUUAUUCGGACGGUGAAUUUAUUGAACCUCCUGAGGAUUAUGAUUUCACCACCAGAAUAAUUUCUAAAAUUGAUCACAUUGAGUUGACGGAACAUACAGCGCUUACCAGUAAAGAAUCACCUGCUUUGACCUCGGGCAACCCUUGA